CUGACAAAACCACAUGCCAAUCCAGACCCACUCACAUACUCAUCUGACAUAUCCCAUUCUAAUAAUCUCUAAAACUUCUAAUCAAACUAAAAAUUAAUACUUUUGCUCUUUCUGCCAUUGCCAGCUCUCAUUACUCUCACAGGGUUGGUUUACAACAAACACACAUUCUUCAUACAGCAAACCUUCUCUUUUAUCUCUUCCAUUUUUGUUCCUCAAGGAAACUCCAUUCCUGGAUCUGUGCAGAUUCCUUGUAGACUUCUGGAGAUUUUGUGCUCAUUGAAAUGGGUUCUGGGAUUUGGGUCCCCUUCUUUAUGUACUUUGUACUUCAAUGGUCAAUGAUGAAAACCCAUUGAGAAAAUCUGGGUAUCUGGGUUAUUGGAGAACUAUGUGUUGGUGUGGAUUUUGAUAGCAAAGAGACGAUUUUGAUCUGGUGGGAUGGGACUUGAGUUGUUAUAUGAUGGAAAAAAAUCUGGGUUGUAGGAGUGAUUUAUGAGAUGUGCUUUGGAAACUCAGUUUUUGCGUAUUUUUGGGUAAUUUCUGUUUUUGGAAAGACAGUAUUUGGGAUUACAUGAGCAAGGGAAGGUCUUUGUGCUUCAAUCUUGCAAAUUAUUAAGGGAAAGCGGAGGAUCAGGGAAGAGGAAAAGGGAGAGAAGGCGGAAGCCCAAAAUUUUAUCAUUUGCUUAAAAUGGGACUUUAGUUUGAUAACUCAAUUGAGUCAUCAAAGUGUUGCCUGGGCAGUUCAUAAUCUUUGAGAAAUCACAGCUUCCAACGUUGUUGAGGAUCCUUAGAUUCAAUUUUCAUUCGGGAUAGUUUGAUUCUCUAGUUUGCAUAGGUAAUUGACUAUCCAGAUUGAGUUUAUUUCAAUAGUGCUUGGUGAGAAGAGGAAGAAAGAAUGGCUGCAAAACUCCUGCAUUCUUUAGCGGAUGAAAACCCAGAUUUGCAGAAGCAAAUAGGAUGUAUGACAGGGAUUUUUCAAAUCUUCGAUCGCCACCAUACCCUCACUGGCCGGCGUCUGAAUCAAAAGAGGCUUCCCCCUGCCCAAGGUGAUUACCAUUUAAAUAGUGGCAACUUCGAAGGAGAAUCGUUUAAUGCAAAUGGUCGUCAGGGAACUACUGAUGUGGGUUUAAACAAAGGUGUGAAUGAGAAGCAAAGAUUUUCGACAGAAUCAUCAAGAGCCUCUUUCUCAUCCUCUUGUUCAUCUCCGUCAUCCACUUUUGACUGUAACAAAACUGCUCAGCCAGAAACCUCUUCCUUUGACAGAACCAUAUCUCAUGAAGCUCCCUUACGAGAUCCAGUGAUGAAUCAACUAAGUUCCUCUCCAUAUUUUGGGCGGCAGUCUGUUGAUCUUAGAGAUGUGGUGAAGGAUUCUAUGAAUAGAGAAAUGAGAGGGCUGCAAGUUAAAACAAAAGAGGAAGCUGUAAACCAGCCUGUUAGACACAGGGAUUCUCCAAGGCCAUUUCAGCCAUCUGUGGAUAUGUCUCAUGAAGUUGGGAUUAAUGGAAAGCACAAUGUUCCUGCUGAUAUAAAGGAGUCCCUCAGAGUUCUGGCUAAACUUAGAGAAGCUCCUUGGUACCAUAAUGAAGCUAGAGAACUUCCAAGAUCAUCGUAUGAAGCAAAAGACGGAUCUUGGCACUCAAUAACAAAGGAUGCUCCUCGUUUUUCUUACGAUGGGCGAGAGAGAAAUCAUUUAUCUUUCGAAUCACGAGAUACUUUCAAAUUUAAUCCGAAAGCAAAAGAGCUUCCCAGACUUUCACUUGACAGCCGAGAACGGUCAAUGCAAGGAUCCACCUCCAAUUCAAAACCAAAUUACCUGUCUAGUAACUUACACAGCAGUGGCAACUCAAAUGACAGAGCCUUUAAUGCACAAUCCUCAGAGAUUCAGAAGCGACCUCCUAGUGUGGUAGCCAAGUUGAUGGGAUUGGAAGCAUUACCAGAUUCAACCUCAGCUUGUGAUAGUCAGUUGGGUUCAUCUAAAGUUGGUCAGGUUGAACAUAAUGAUCGUGUCACAAGUUCACUAAAAAUAAAUGACUUAAACCGGCCAAUCCGGAUUCCUAAGUCCCCAAGAAAUUUGUCCAAAGAUCCGACAUCACCACGGUGGAAAACUGCUGAUGUGGUCAUGAAACCCAAAUCAAGUUCUAGAGUUCCAAUUGAACCUGCACCGUGGAGGCAGCUUGAUGGAAUUCGAUGUUCUCAAAGACCAUCGGUCAGGCCUGUAAAAGUUCCAGCCGCGAUGCCAAACUCUUUCCCUUCUGUUUACAGUGAGAUCGAGAAGAGGUUGAAGAAUCUUGAAUUUAAACAAUCAGGAAACGAUCUCAGAGCUCUAAAACAGAUACUGGAAGCAAUGCAAGCGAAGGGUCUCCUGGAGAGCAGAAUUGAAGAACAAGCAUCAAAUUUUGGAAUACAAAAGGACUGUGAGCCAAAGUGUACGAGUCCCAGUCAAAAUCUGAGAUUCCCGAGCCAACGAAACCCCGAGAGAAAUCAUCAUAUUUCCUCCACAAUCAAAGCUUGUGACUCUUUUGAGACAUAUGAAUCCCCAAUUGUGAUCAUGAAACCAGCGAAACUGAUUGAGAAAUCUGGCAUUCCUGAAUCCUCUUUGAUUUCGGUUGAUCAUUUUGCCAGCCUCAAUAAACUACCAAGCGGGGUUUCAGUAGAAGGGAAGAAGAUUUCAACUACUAAUCGAACAGCUAAAGAUCAGUCUUCUAAAAACUUGAACAGUGAUAAGAGAGCCAGUAGCAGGAAUGUAAAAUCAACACAGUCACUGGCAAGAGCUCAGCAAUUGCCGAAAGAAAGCGUCUCGAGUUCCGUAAAGAGCACAGGAUCUGUAAGCCCAAGACUGCAACAGAAGAAGCUGGAGUUGGAGAAGCGAUCUCGUCCACCUACCCCUCCAUCUGAUUCAAACAGACCUAGAAGGCAAUCCCAAAGGCAGCCAAUGGAAUCAGACUCCCCUGGUGGAAAAAUGAGACUCAAAUCUUCGAAUUCCCAACCAAGUGAUGACCAGCUGAGUCAGAUAAGUAAUGACUCAAGAACUUCAAGUCACCUGGGGGAUGGCCUACCUCUACAAUUAGACAUGAAUGUCAUCCUUGAGUCAAAGACAGAUUUGGAAGCUAGCUGCAAUGAGUACUCCGCAGAGAUCAGUAGCCAGAGUCCAUCCAUGAAAGCUGCCAAAAACCUGAAACCAAGUUCAAGGUUGGAAGACGAUGGAUCAUUGGCGGAACUUCCUGCAGUGGGUCUUGAACAUCGAAGUCCUGUGUCUGUCCUUGAUACCUCAGUAUAUAGGGAUGAUACACUCUCUCCUGUGAAGCAGACACCAAAUGAACUCAAAGUUAAUGUUGUUCAAGAUACCAAAGACAGUUGCAGAGAAUAUCAUUGGAGCCCUGUAGAUGAUUGCUUAUCUAAUGCGGUGGGUUCUGGUAUUGUAUCGGAGAUCAGUCGCAAGAAAUUACAAAAUGUAGAGAAUUUGGUGCAAAAGCUUACAAGACUUAACUCCACCCAUGAUGAAGCAAGGACAGAUUACAUUGCAUCCCUCUGUGAGAACACAAAUCCAGAUCACAGAUACAUUUCUGAAAUACUGUUGGCUUCAGGCCUCUUACUUAGAGAUCUUGGCUCUGGCCUGUCGACAUUUCAGCUCCACCCAUCCGGCCACCCCAUUAACCCAGAGUUAUUCCUUGUUUUGGAGCAAACCAAGGCAAGCUCAUUGCUUUCGAAAGACGAAUUCAGCCCUGGAAACUUUUCCUAUAUAAAGCCUGACCAUGAGAGGUUUCAACGCAAACUCAUAUUCGAUGCUGUAAACGAGAUUCUUGUUAGAAAGUCAUCUUUGAUUGGGAUCUCGCCAGAACCAUGGUUGAAGUCAGAUAAACUGGCAACGAAGACACUGAGUGCACAAAGGCUUCUGAAAGAAUUAUGUCUGGAGAUAGAACAGCUUCAAGCCAACAAGUCACUCUGUAGCUUAGAAGAUGAGGAGGAUGGGUUGAAGAGCAUCUUGUGGGAGGAUGUAACGUGCCGCUCAGAAAAUUGGACAGAUUUUAAUGGUGAGGUUCCGUCGGUAGUGUUAGAUGUUGAGAGGUUAAUCUUUAAGGAUUUAGUUGAUGAGAUUGUGCGCGGUGAGGCAGCUAGCUUGCCAAGUAAACCAGGUAGGCGUCGCCAGCUCUUCGCGAAGUAGUAACUUUUUCUGCAAAACUCCAUCUGCUAACCUUGUUUCCUUUUCUCUGGGGUCUUCCAUUUUCUCUCGUUAGUUGUUGCAUUCUUUUCUGUUGUUGAAAGUAAAAUAUAUUGUUGGGUGAGAACUGCAAUUGUGCUGGAUUUGAAAAAGAAAUUGUUUUGUGAUUUUGACAAUGAUAAAUAUUCAAAAGUACCAUUGUGUGAGA